CAUCUCGCCGUGCGCGUUCGCUGCCUGCCUCUCGUGCUCUUCCCGACUCUUCGUCGCUGCGCAGCGCGGACUGCCAGGAGCGGGCGGCGCCACCGCGUUCUGGAGGUUUUGUGGGACGUGCCGUGGUGUGCUGAAAGACAUUCCCCCUUUCUCCUCCCCCACGAGCCGAGGAAGGCACCCCGCGCAAGCAGGGCAUCGCGCGCAGUACCUCGCUCGACCUCGCUCGCGCUCCGGGCAUCUCUCCAGACAUGAAGCGUGCCUGCCUCUGCGCGGUCCGCGGGUCAUCGGGCCCGAGCGCGUCGCCAGGCCGACUGCUGUCCGUGGCCGCAGCUCUGGCAAUCGCGCCGCCGCUGGCGAAACGCAGCCAGGCCGCCCGCCGCCUGGCACUCUCGGGCCCGCCUGGCUAAUUACCAGAAUGACGCCCGCUGGCUCCGUCAAGGGCAACGCUGCCUUGACGGCCCGCUUCCUGCACAAGACGCGCCUGUGCAACUACUACGCGAGCGGCCACUGCGCCCGGGGGAGUGACUGCGGCUUCGCGCACGGCAGCGGCGAGCUGCGCACGGCCCCGGACUUCUCGUACACGCAGCAGUGCAGGAGCUUCGCGAAGACCGGGGCGUGCGGGCAGGGCGACGCGUGCAAGUUCGCCCACUCGUGGGAGCAGCAGCGGGACUGGCACUGCCGCGGCGCAGGGCGCGGCAAGCGCGGGCCCGAGCGCGACUCGCCGCAGAGCGCCGCGCAGGACCCGGCCCCGUGCGCCCCCGACUUCCCGGCCUGCGCCCUCCCCGCGGGCGCCGGCCGGCCUGCCCUGGGCGCGCCCCCGGGCGCGGCCCCGGGCGCGCCGCGGGCCGCCCCGCGGGAGCGGCAGCGGCAGCCCCAGCGGGAGGCCCCGCGCUUGCAACAGGUGCCCGCGGCAGAGGCCGUCCGGUGCCCGCGGCAGCCGCAGCAGCCACAGCACCCGCCCCCGCCGCCACGGGCCGCGGGCGGCCUGGCGCCGGACCUGUCGCCGGAGCCCGCCCUCGGGGCAGCCCCGCGCGGGCGCGAGGUGCCCGCACUGCGCGGGCAGGAAUCGGCAUCGCAACUGAACGCCGUCGUCAAGCGCACCUUCCUCCACUUCUUCGUGCCUGGGGACGAAGGCGCGUUCGAUCACCGCCGCUGCUCCUCGGCACCCCCGUUAAUGCGGACGGGCUGACUGCAGGCGCCUCUCAUAGAAUUAUUUCGGCAGCCCCUCGGGGGGGGGAAGCCACCACGAGGCUGGGCCCGCGAGGACCCCCUCCAUCGAGUGUGAGCUAUACCUCAAUCGGGCCUGUCCCUCUGCAGGAGAAUAUUCA